GAGGGAGGGGCCGCCGCCGGGCGUGACGCAGCCGUUGCUAUGGCCCGCCUUUAUAAAUAAACGGGCUCGGGAGAAACUUUAGCGAGUCAGAGCCGCGCACGGGACCGGGAAGGGGACCCACCCGAGGGUCCGGCCGGCAGCCCCCCGCACUGAUAGCGGCCACCCCGGAGCAGCGGCGGCGGCAGCAGCAGCAGCAGCGGCGGCGACACAGCAGCGACUGUUCGGAGCCGGGAGGCCGCGCCACCUGCGGGCCGGCCGGCGCGGGCAGCCCCAGGCCCCCUCCCCGGGCACCCGCGUUCAUGCAACGCCUGGUGGCCUGGGACCCAGCAUGUCUCCCCCUGCCGCCGCCGCCGCCCGCCUUUAAAUCCAUGGAAGUGGCCAACUUCUACUACGAGGCGGACUGCUUGGCUGCUGCGUACGGCGGCAAGGCGGCCCCCGCGGCGCCCCCGGCGGCCAGACCCGGGCCGCGCCCCCCCGCCGGCGAGCUGGGUAGCAUCGGAGAGCACGAGCGCGCCAUCGACUUCAGCCCCUACCUGGAGCCGCUGGGCGCGCCGCAGGCCCCGGCACCCACCACGGCCACGGACACCUUCGAGGCGGCUCCGCCCGCGCCCGCCCCCGCGCCCGCCUCCUCCGGGCAGCACCACGACUUCCUCUCCGACCUCUUCUCCGACGACUACGGGGGCAAGAACUGCAAGAAGGCGGCCGAGUACGGCUACGUGAGCCUGGGCCGCCUGGGGGCCGCCAAGGGCGCGCUGCACCCGGGCUGCUUCGCGCCCCUGCACCCGCCGCCGCCGCCGCCGCCGCCGCCGCCGCCGCCGGCGGAGCUCAAGGCGGAGCCGGGCUUCGAGCCCGCGGACUGCAAGCGGAAGGAGGAGGCCGGAGCUCCGGGCGGCGGCGCCGCGGGCAUGGCGGCCGGCUUCCCGUACGCGCUGCGCGCCUACCUCGGCUACCAGGCGGUGCCGAGCGGCAGCAGCGGGAGCCUGUCCACGUCCUCGUCGUCCAGCCCGCCCGGCACGCCGAGCCCCGCCGACGCCAAGGCACCCCCGGCCGCCGCCGCCUGCUACGCGGGGGCGGCGCCGGCGCCCUCGCAGGUCAAGAGCAAGGCCAAGAAGACGGUGGACAAGCACAGCGACGAGUACAAGAUCCGGCGGGAGCGCAACAACAUCGCGGUGCGCAAAAGCCGCGACAAGGCCAAGAUGCGCAACCUGGAGACGCAGCACAAGGUCCUGGAGCUCACGGCCGAGAACGAGCGGCUCCAGAAGAAGGUGGAGCAGCUGUCGCGCGAGCUCAGCACCCUGCGGAACUUGUUCAAGCAGCUGCCCGAGCCCCUGCUCGCCUCCUCCGGCCACUGCUAGCGCGGCCCCCGUGCGCGUCCCCCGCGGCCGGCCGGCCGGCCC